GUGCGUCGAAGAAGUGGGAGAAGAAGCGAAACCGUAACAGCAGCGAUAUCAAAGUUUUCAAAGACUGGCUGGUGUUACACUGCCCCUUGGAAACGCGUGAGAUCCACGAGCUGCCACCCAAGGAGCUGGACGAUUACCUGGCCUCGUUCUACAGUUCUGCAAAGAGACAGAACGGCACGGAUUUUUCUGCCAACUCCUUGCACUUCUUUCAGAAGAGCAUCGAGAGACACCUCAGGGACCACGACUACGAGUACAGCGUGGUUAAAGGGCUGGAGUUCAGAGCGUCUCAGGAAGCCUUGAAAGUGAAGCAGCAGCAGCUAUCUCAGAAAGAGAGAGAGGCGGAGUGGAGUCUUUUGGAGAACCUGAUGGACAAAGAUGUGGAAACUCUUCGUAGGAAGGGACUUGUAAGUCAGAUGCACCCUCAGGGCCUUUUGCACCUCAUGUUCACCAAUAUCGUUAGGGGCUUUGGGGCACGCACACACCAUCAGAGCCAUAACCUGUGCUGGGGGCAGCUUGUGCUGGGAAGCGAUGAGGGGGAGCUGGAGUACUUGGAGUGGAAGGAUGACCCCAGUGCAGAGGUAAACCCAGGGGCAGCGGGUCCCUAUCUCUUUGCCAAGCCUGACACUCCAGAGAGCUGUCCGGUCGCAGGGUACAAGGAGUACGCUAGGAGGCGGCCGGCGGACAUGCUUCACGACCACGAUCCACUUUACCUGGCUCCCAAGCCUCUGUGCUCCAUAUGGGACCAAGUGUGGUACUGUAGGAAGGCACUGGCAAAAGCCAAAAUGGAAAAGAUCUUGAAAGUUAUUGUCCAGCACGUCAAAGGACCUGUAAAGGGGUCCAAGAAAUGA